AUGCUACAUCUUUGCUACUUCCUCUUUGUUCUUCUCAUCUCUCUGCUCGAAGAAAAUGUACUUUGCUGCAAUGAAAUCGAGCGCCGAUCCCUUUUAUCUUUCGCAAACUCCACUCGUCAUCUCAACUGGUCUUUAUCAACCGACUGCUGCCGAUGGGAAGGUGUUUCUUGCACGUUAAACCAUCGUAGAAAUGCUCGAGUCACUGGCUUAUCGCUGCCCGGAAAAUCCCUCUCCGGCACACUCGACGUUCCCUUUCUAGCAAACCUUUCCUAUCUCUCUCACCUCAAUCUCUCCCACAACCAUCUCACCGGCCCUCUACCGUUCUCGGCUUUUCAGUCCUUAUCACGUCUGCAAAUGCUCGACUUGAGUUUCAACCAGUUUUCCGGUGGUUUGCUCCAACCGCCAGCACGAUCAUUGCUGCUUUCGGUUUCCAUCCGGUUCUUGGACUUAUCGAGCAAUCGGCUAAACGGGUCCUUAGAUCAUGCGUUUUUCCGGCAUUUGCCGAAUUUGAUCACUUUCAACGUAAGUAACAAUACCUUUACAGGUCAGAUACCGUGUUCGUUUAUUUGCUCGAGCUGUCCUUCUCUGGAGGUCUUGGAUCUUUCAAACAACCAAUUUAAUGGGUCUGUUUUGCCCGGUCUUGGCGAAUGUUCGAAGCUGAAGAUUUUCAAGGCUGCUUUUAACUCUUUAUCCGGGUUGCUGCCGAACGAUCUUUACGAAGUGAAAACGCUGCAGCAAAUCUCUCUGUCUAACAAUUUGUUUUCCGGGCCAAUCAAUGACUCCAUUGUUCACCUUCCCAAGCUCACCAUUUUAGAGCUCCAAGUGAACGAGUUAACCGGAGAGAUGCCUAUCGGUAUUGGGUUGCUCUCGAAUUUAGAGCAACUUCAGCUUCACACAAAUAGCUUGGAAGGGCCACUGCCUCAGUCUCUAACCGACUGCUCCAGCUUGAAAACUCUGCUCUUGCGCAACAAUAAUUUUAGUGGCGAAAUUUCGAUUCUCGAUUUCUCUAAGCUACAACGUCUCCAAGCAGUCGAUCUUGGUAACAACAGCUUCGUUGGGGAAAUUCCGAGUAGCUUUUGCCUUUGCAGGUCGAUAACGGCCCUUCGACUGGCAUAUAACAUGCUUACGGGCGAAAUCCCGCCGUGCAUGGCUUCGUUAACAUCCUUAACUCAUUUCUCGGUUUCGAACAAUUAUCUGUCGAACGUCGCUGGAGCAUUGAAAAUUCUGCGGCACUGUGAUGAGCUGGCAGUCUUGUUCAUGUCGAGAUGUUUUAGAGACGAAACAAUGCCAGACGACGAUGGUUACGAUGAUUUCUCGUUUCAAAAUCUGCAGAUAUUGACUCUUGGAGGAUGCCAGCUCAAGGGAAGAAUACCAUUUUGGAUUUCGAAGCUGAGAAGGCUCAAAAUACUGAAUCUUUCUUACAACAGGAUCUCGGGCCCGAUCCCAACGUGGCUAGGAUCAAUGCCGAGCCUUUUUGUUCUGAACCUGACUCAAAAUGAGCUUUCAGGGCAGCUCCCGCGCGAGAUAACCCGUCUCCCGGCUUUGAUCUCGGACAACACGAGCUCCGACCUGAGUUAUCUGGCACUGCCUUUUUUAUUCGAUGCCCACCAAUACAACCGUCUGUUUAAUCUGCCGCGGGCUUUGAAGGUGAAUAUCAACAAUCUGAGCGGGAGUAUUCCGGGAGAACUAGGAAGGCUUAGGCUCAUUCGCGUGUUGGAACUCGGUGAGAAUAACUUCAACGGCAGGAUACCGGAGCAGCUGUCGAAUCUCGUGAACUUGGAGAUGCUCGACAUGUCUGGAAAUAAUCUGACGGGCGAGAUCCCACAAUCGUUGACUGGUCUUAGUUUUCUUUCGUCGUUCAGCGUGGCCAAUAAUGAUCUUCAAGGGGAAAUCCCGAGAGGGGGCCAGUUUGAUACAUUCCCGGCGGCGUCUUUUGAAGGGAAUCCAAAACUUUGUGGGUUUGUGAUUAGAAAGAGGUGUGAUGAUAAUGGUGGUGUUUUGCAGGCAGAGGCUGAUGAAGAGGAUGAUGAGAGUCAAUGGUACAUAGAUAAUCUCCCUUUUGGGUUGGGAUAUUUGGUGGGACUUUUUGCUGUUAUGGUUGCUAUGUUUUGGAGAAGUGUAAGAGGAUAG